AUGAUCACAUGGCACGACCUCUACACGGUGCUGACGGCGGUAAUCCCACUCUACGUCGCUAUGAUCCUCGCUUACGGCUCCGUCCGUUGGUGGAAAAUCUUCUCACCAGACCAAUGCUCCGGAAUCAACCGCUUCGUCGCCAUAUUCGCUGUCCCUCUCCUCUCCUUCCACUUCAUCUCCACCAACAACCCUUACACCAUAAAUAUCCGCUUCAUCGCCGCCGAUACUCUCCAGAAAUUAAUCAUGCUCACUCUCCUAACCCUAUGGGCUAACUUCACUCGCUCAGGUAGUCUCGAGUGGAGCAUCACCAUCUUCUCCCUCUCCACGCUUCCCGACACGCUCGUGAUGGGUAUCCCCCUGUUAACCGCCAUGUACGGCGAGUACUCCUGCUCGCUCAUGGUCCAGGUGGUCGUUCUCCAGUGUAUAAUCUGGAACACGGUUCUCCUAUUCUUAUUUGAGUACAGAGGAGCGAAGAUUCUGAUCAUGGAGCAGUUCCCCGAGACGGCCGCUUCUAUCGUCUCUUUCAAAGUCCAUUCCGACGUCGUUUCGUUGGACGGGAACGACCUACUUGAAACGGACGCUGAGAUCGGAGGUGAUGGGAAGUUACACGUCACAGUGAGGAAGUCAAACGCUUCCCGGAGAUUGUUAUGUUGUCCAAGUAUGACUCCACGUCCGUCUAAUAUCACCGGAGCUGAGAUUUACAGUCUUGACACGACUCCAAGAGGUUCAAACUUUAAUCACUCGGACUUCUAUUCAGUGAUGGGGUUUUCCGGUGGCCGUCCCUCAAACUUUGGUCAGUCGUCUAGGAGUCAAACUCCUAGGCCUUCAAAUUUCGAGGUGAGUUGUGGUAUGGCUUCGUCGCCUGGGUUAGGAUAUGACCCGGUUACUUCCGGGUCAUACCCAUCCCUGAAUGCUGAGUUCUCCUCCUCAGUUGCUAAUAAAACCAUUAACAAAAACCAUCAUAUCGGAGGAAAGUCUAGUAGUAGUCAUGAUGCUAACGAGCUCCAUAAGUUUGCUUGGGGCUCCAACGGAGGAUCCGAUCAGGGAGCAAAAGAGAUCCGAAUGAUAGUCCCUGAACCUCCUCAAAAAGCAGAAACAAAAGUGACAGCUACUGGUCCGAGGAAUAUAGACUUUGGCGGCGAAGAAGAGUCGGAGAGAGUGAAGGAAGUGGCAACCGGACGAAACAAGCUUCAGUGUAACUCCAUGGCGGAGCUAAACCCUAAAGAAGCGGUGGAAACCGUACCAGUAAAACAUAUGCCGCCUGCCAGUGUGAUGACUAGGUUGAUACUGAUAAUGGUGUGGAGGAAACUCAUCAGGAACCCUAACACUUAUUCUAGUCUCAUUGGUCUCAUAUGGGCUCUCGUUGCUUUCCGGUGGAAUGUGGCAAUGCCUAGAAUCAUUCAGCAAUCAAUCUCAAUCCUCUCUGAUGCUGGUCUUGGUAUGGCAAUGUUCAGUUUGGGGUUGUUCAUGGCAUUGCAACCUAAAUUAAUCGCUUGCGGAAACUCUACUGCAACUUUUGCAAUGGCUGUGAGGUUCUUGACAGGACCAGCAGUAAUGGCCAUUGCUGCCAUGGCUAUUGGAUUACGCGGAGAUCUAUUACGUGUGGCCAUAGUUCAAGCUGCAUUGCCUCAAGGAAUCAUGCCGUUUGUGUUUGCAAAAGAAUACAGUGUUCAUCCGGCAAUCUUAAGUACAGGGGUAAUAUUUGGAAUGCUUAUUGCACUACCGAUCACACUUGUUUACUACAUUCUACUUGGGCUAUAA